GCAGCAGCAGCAAAAAUACAGCAUUAGCAGAGAGGGUGAUUGAAGCUUGCUGGGUUUGGUUCCGUUUCCCUCUAUAGACAGCAGUGUGUUUUGACUUGGCAAGGCUAGAAGAGUGUGAAGAUGCUGUUCCACUUACCUGCUGUCCUCCAGGGGACUCUGUCUAUACAGGUGAUUCUGGUAUUCCUGGCUACUUUUCUACUCAUUGCUGAUUACAUAAAACAGAGGCGCCCAAGGGAUUUUCCUCCAGGGCCUGUGCCUCUUCCUUUUCUGGGCAAUCUUCUGGCUUUUGAUUUCAAGAAUCCUCAUCUUGGUAUACAAAAGCUUAGAGAAAAAUAUGGCAAUAUUUUCAGCAUGCAGUUUGGAACCAAGCAAUUUGUGGUUGUGAAUGGGAUGCAUCUAGUGAAGGAAGCCCUUGUCCAUCAAGGAGAAAAUUUUGUAGACCGCCCCAAAUUUCCUCUUAUGCAUGAAAUUUUUGGGGAGUUUGGAUUGGUCUCCUCCAAUGGACUUAGCUGGAAACAACAAAGACGAUUUGCGUUAUCAACUCUCAGAAACUUUGGUUUGGGCAAAAGAAGUUUAGACGAACGAAUACAGGAGGAGAGCAGAUACUUAACGGAUGCAAUUGAAGAGGAAAAAGGGCAACCGUUUGACCCUCACUUUCAGAUUAAUAAUGCCGUUUCAAAUAUCAUCUGUUCCAUCACUUUUGGGGACCGCUUUGAAUACCAUGACAGUCAUUUCCAGAUGUUGUUGCAGUUGCUUGAUAAGACAAUGAAGCUUCAAGCAAGUAUUUGGAGCCAUCUCUAUGAUGCCUUUCCAGCCCUCAUGAAACGCUUACCAGGACCCCAUCAGACCAUUUUUAAAAACUGGAGACAGUUCAAAUCAUUUGUGAGAGAAAUCAUUGAAAAGCACAAGGAAGACCGAAACCCACUGGAACCCAGAGAUUUCAUUGAUGCGUAUCUAAAUGAAAUGGCCAAGGAGGACGUUGCUUCCAGUUUCCAUGAUGAAAACCUCCUACACUCAGCACUGGACCUGUUUUUUGCUGGAACUGAAACAACUUCUACAACGCUGCGCUGGGCUUUGCUGUACAUGGCCAUUCAUCCAGAAAUUCAAACAAGAGUCCAAACUGAAAUAGAUGCAGUGAUUGGCCAGUCGCGACAGCCAGAGAUGGAUGACAGGGAUCGCAUGCCCUAUACCAACGCAGUUAUUCACGAAAUUCAAAGGAUAAGCAACAUUGUGCCUUUGAAUGUGCCACGAAUGACAACAAAUGACACAACCCUGGCUGGAUUUCAUUUGCCCAAAGGUACCAUCUUCCUCUCCAGCUUGGCAUCACUGCUGUUUGACAAGGAUGAAUGGGAAACACCCAGUGUCUUUAAUCCUGGCCAUUUUCUGGAGAAUGGUCAGUUCAGGAAAAGGGAAGCAUUCAUGCCAUUCUCUGCAGGAAAUCGAGCUUGUCUUGGAGAGCAGUUGGCCAGAAGAGAACUUUUUCUUUUCUUCACUGCCCUAAUCCAGAAGUUCACUUUCCAGGCUCCGAAGGAUGUGACAUUAAGCCUGGACUUCCAAAUGGGAAGUACACGGGCCCCCCUGCCAUACAAUAUAUGUGCAUUAUCACGCUAAGGGAAACCACACUACUCUUUAAAACAAAUGGGGUUAGCUGAAAAUAUCUCCUCCAUUUCUGUUCUUUUGGACCAGUAUCAAACCAAUGUCCCCCAUUGUCCCAUUAUUGUGUUUUGUCCCGUUUUUAUGACUGGAUGUGGGGUGCUUCUAGAAGAGGCUUUAUUGUUUAGUCACCAUGGUUUCCUUUCAUGGGACUCAUGGAAGGGUUCAAAUGACACCAUGAUCCAUUUAUAAUCAGCCCAUGUUUCCUUAGCGUUGCAUCCCUCUCCCUCUUUCUUUCUUCCUUUCUUUUUUUUACUGCAAUAAGGAGGGAAAGAGGAGAAUAACCACACAAUCUCUUUCCAGGUAUUCAUUAUUCCUUGCCUUUCUUUUGGGAAAAGAAAGGUCCUCUUUUAGAACAUGUUUUCCCCUGGUUUGAGACUAUUUUGAGCCAUCUUUACCCAAGCCAGUUUAUUUGAGCCAGGCACCAAGCUCCCCAGAAGCUUGUGUAGUUUUCUCUCCCUAUUUCAUUUUGGUCACAGGUGAAAAUUGGGAUUCAAAGCACAGGUCUCUCCUUGGGAUAGGUAGCUAUGCAUUCCUUUUAAUCUACACCCCCCGCAUUACUCCCCUUCUUUUGUUUUCUAAAUGUUUGGACCACACUGAUAUAAACUUGAAAGCUUCAAACACUUCAUUUAAAUAGUUUGGACUGGUGGAAGUAUAACUUAUAAAGCUUUCUAAGUGCUUCUGGCCCUAUUUGGGCCUCCUAACAUGGUUUUGGGACUACUCACGUUGUAUUCUAACAGGCCUUAGCAACAGCUAAACUGUAGUGUAUUUUGCAUUGUGUGCACUUGUAUUUUCUUUCUAUCAUUUUAUGUUUCACAUUUCACUUCUGUAUCUGAUGUUCUUUUACAUUUACUUUUCUUUAUAAAGCAUUCACAUUUUAA